AACCGUUUAAGAUAGCGCUCUUUUUAUGUUAUGGUUUUGUUUUAUUCCUAACCUCAAGUUUGAAAAUGGCUAAAGCAGCUCCUAAAAGAAAAGCUGCCAAUGGCUAUAAAUUAGCGGAACCUUUACCAAAAGGGGCAAUUCUAGAAGACUUAGCAAAGAAGAAAUGGAAACUCGGUCCUUCAAUUGGCCAAGGUGGUUUUGGAGAAAUUUACAGUGCCCAAGAAGCCGAUAGUGGAGGUUCUAAAUAUCCAUACGUUAUCAAAAUUGAACCGCAUGGCAACGGACCCUUGUUUGUUGAAAUGCAUUUUUAUAUGCGCAAUUGCAAACCUGAUGAUGUUGAACAAUUUAAGAAACAAAAAGGUCUGAAGACUUUUGGAAUGCCAGUAUAUCUAGGAUCAGGAUCACAUGAGCACAAUGGUGAAAAAUACCGUUUUAUAGUAAUGCAAAAGUUUGGUACUGACUUAUGGAAAUUAUUUUUGGAGCACAAUAGAACAUUCCCCGCAACAACAGUAUUCAAAGUGGCAAUACAGAUAUUGGAUGUUCUGCAAUACAUUCAUGAACGAGGGUAUGUCCACGCUGACAUAAAAGGUGCAAAUAUUCUUAUGGGAGUCACGAAAGACACUCUGAACAAACAAGUCUAUCUUGUCGAUUUUGGAUUGGCAGCUAAGUAUAACACUGAUGCAGAAUUCAAGCCAAAUCCCAAAAAGGCCCAUGAUGGCACAAUAGAAUAUUUGAGCAGAGAUGCACACAAAGGUGUUCAGACAAGAAGAGGUGACCUGGAAAUCUUAGCUUACAAUAUAAUACAGUGGCUAGGUUGUGUUUUGCCCUGGGAAAAGAAAUUGAAAGAUCCCGUUGCUGUCCACAAUAUGAAGGAAGAAAAUAUGGCCAGUGUUCCUAAAUUUAUCAAGGCAUGCUUCGAGAAGCGUUCCCCUCCUGGACCUGUGGUAGAUUUUCUGAACUGCAUCCUAACACUAGAUCAUAAUUCAGCUCCAGACUACAAAACCAUACGAAAAAUAUUUCUAUCUGGUGUAGAUGGAAAAGAUGGCCUAGGUAAACCACUUCAAUUUUCUCCAAUCACUAAGUCACCGACCAAGAGAAAGGCUGAAGUCAAAAAAACUCCAACGCCAAAGCGAAAGCCUGGAAAAAGAAAAAUAGUUGAAGAACCUUCCGAAGAUGAAAAAGAAAAUGUUGAGGAUGAUGACGAUGAUAAGCAUGAUGAACCAAUGGAAACGGAAAAGGAAGAAGAAACCCUAUCCUCUGAAAUUGAAGAACCUACUAGGUCACCAACUCAGAGAAGGGGCAGACGUAGGAUUAACUACAAGGAAGAUUCAGAUGAUGAAAGAAACAAAGUUACCAAAAAGAAACAAACCAAGAAACCUGCCAGUACUGAAGAAUUGCAUGUAACUGGUGAUAGUACGGAAGGAUUCACUGAUGCCAUGAAAGAAGUAUUGAGGAAAAAACAGGAAAAUGGCAAAUCUAAAGGAAGGAAGAAGAAAGCAGCCCCGGUAAAAGAAGAUAGUGAUGGGGAUGUCAAUAAUGAUAUGGAAGGUUAUACCGAGAGUAUGAAAGAAAUUGCCAAUAAGAAUAAAGAUAAACCUUCCGGAAAACGAGGAAAGAAGGCUGAUUUGGUACCUGUCGCAACUAGUAGUAAAGCUAAAGAUAAAAAAGGGUUAAAACGUUCCAGGAAAAAUAAAAAAGCGGAAUCUGAACCCAUUAACAGCGAUGUUAGUGAGCAUGAAUCCGAUUCAGAAUAAAUCAAUUCCUAUAAGGCUGUUGUGUUUAGGGUUUUUACAGAAAUAACUCUGUGCAAGUUUUUUUUGUCUGAAAGUUUCUGUUGAGAUGAGACAAAACAUUUUACUAGAACAAACAUUGCUACACUCUUGAGCUGAUGUUCAAGGUUACAAGGGAAAAUUUCAAGAUUGAUUCAAAAUUAUUACAAAGUACCACUCAUUUCCUUGAAAAUUUCUGAGAACAUAUGAAAGCAUAUCUAUAAAUUUUCACUCAAAGCUCUAAUAUAUUAUUUAAUUUUCCUCUACAAAUGCAUUGUGGUCACUAUCGUUAUUAAUUUCAAAAGAAACUCAAGUGUAGCAAUAUUUCUUUCAAAAAAUUUUUAUUUUUCAUGUAAUGAGUAUUUUCUCAUGAAAAUAUUUUGUCUGGGGUUUGUCCAGCUCACCUAGUUUUUUUUAAAUAUACUAUCCUGAUUUAGUUUUUCAAAAUGUUGCUUUUCUCAAUUAAAGGAAUGUGCAUUGAGUUAAUGAUGGCUAAGAACUGUCUUUAUUGUAAUAGUAGUAAUACUAGUUGUUAUUUUAAUUUAUUGUAUUCCUUGUGUACUUUAUUUCAUUCUUCAAUUUGAUGUUUUCAAGAUUUUUAGUUCCCGGGCAACAAACGGAUAUCUCCAUAUUUUGAAUAUCUAGUAAAUGUUUAUAUCCACCGAAGAAUAUCCAUUCCAAGCCCAACGAUAUUAUGACCUGAAUUGGUGUAGGAUAUCCCGUGUUGUCUGGUUAACAAUUGGAAAAAUAGUUGCUUCAGAUAUAUUAUCUUGGAAUUGAAAUAUUUAUUAUCAGAUUGAAAUGAAAUGACCUGUUGUUUACUUUGAAUAGGUUCAAAUGUACAGUUUAUAUAUUUUUUUUUAGAUCGGUAAUAAUAAUGUUUCAUUAUUAGCAUAUUACGUCAAUCUCUAAGUGGCCUGAAAAAUAUACAUUCCCUACAGGUCAACUUUGUCUGAAGAGUAAUUUUCCAGUUUGAAAAAAAUCUUGGAAAAGUAGUUUUUCAUAAUUUUGUAUGAGUAUAUGAAGUAUAAUGUAAUAAAAUCCUUUUUUAAUC